AUGACAAUGGGGAAUGAAUCCCCAAUGGCAUGGUCGGAUGCGCUGGAGAAAGAUUUCGAUAAAGCAUUUGUCGCUUUGGAUCUACUUCUCGGUGAAAUAGAUAGCGAUCAGGUUGAAAUCACCUACGAAGGACGUCAGAAGAUGACUUCACUUAGUGGUAGUUUCGCUCAACUAAUGCAUAAAGCACAAUCCAUGCAUCAUGCAUUGUCCAGAUACGAAAAGGAGGUCGUUAUCCUUCGAAGAGAUCUCACCGAAGCACGAGCGGAUCGUGAUGCGAUGGAGAAAGAGAUGCAACAGUUAAUGCUACAGGUUCACAGUCUCCAGUGUCAACUUCAUGCUAAAACAGCACCACAUGAAUCGGAUAUGAUUAAGAAAAAACUGGAUACACAACUUGGACAACUGCAUGACGUACUUAUGCCAUCAUUACGCACAGAAUGUGAAUUAGACGUGCUGCGUAAGGAAUGCGAACGACAACGACAUUUGAUAGGAGCGUUGGAGACGGAAGUGUUUGGAGCACGACUAGCUGCUAAAUAUCUCGAUAAGGAAUUAGCCGGAAGAAUACAACAAAUUCAAUUACUUGGACGUAACAUGCGUGGUGUUGAACACGAUCGUUUAUGGAAUCAGUUGGAGGCGGAAAUUCAUUUGCAUCGUCACAAAACGGUAAUUCGAGCGUGCCGAGGUCGAGGUCAAACCAAGGGUCUCCCGACUCCGCCCAUUAAUGAUUGUCAAUCGAUAAAAAGGAGGCGAGGUGUGGGAGAGACGAGAAAAGUGGUUCUUGCAAAACAACCCCACGAAGGUCUCGGUAUAUCUAUUACGGGUGGCUCUGAACAUGCUCUUCCGAUUGUCAUUUCUGAAAUCCAACCCGGACAACCGGCUCAUAGAUGUGGACAAAUCUUUGUCGGUGACGCAAUACUUUCGGUGAAUGGUUACGACCUUAGGAAUGCGAAGCACCAACAAGCUGUCGAUAUCCUUAGUUCACAACAUGGUGAUCUUCACAUGGAAGUUGUCUACGUAGCUCCUGAUGAAGAUUCCGAUGACGACGGGACUGUACUUAUUGAGGAUGCGGAAGGAAGAAUCUACAACAUGUACAACAAUUUCGUCGAAGAACCAUCGUCAAGUCGUUCGUCAACAGCCGGUUCUCAUCAGAAUUCCGAAUAA